CUGGAAGGAGGGGGGAUUCUUCAUUUUCGCACUUGAUGUUUUUCUGAAAACUUCGUUAGGAUUUUCCCCUUGCACCAGCCUGGACUAAUGGAUUACCACCUGCUCGGACUAAUUUUAUCUUUCCUCUUCAAUGGCACAAAGGUCUUAGCUGGUUACCCAAUUUGGUGGUCCCUUGCGCUAGGUCAGCAGUACAGCUCCCUGGGGUCCCAGCCCAUCCUCUGCGGCUCCAUCCCCGGCCUUGUCCCCAAGCAGCUCCGCUUCUGCCGCAACUACAUUGAGAUCAUGCCCAGCGUGGCCGAAGGGGUGAAACUGGGCAUCCAGGAGUGCCAGCACCAGUUCCGGGGCCGCCGCUGGAACUGCACCACCAUCGAUGACAGCCUGGCCAUCUUCGGGCCGGUCCUGGACAAAGCCACGCGAGAAUCUGCCUUCGUCCACGCCAUCGCGUCGGCAGGGGUGGCCUUUGCCGUAACCCGCUCCUGCGCCGAGGGCACGUCCACGAUCUGCGGCUGUGACUCCCAUCACAAAGGACCUCCAGGAGAUGGCUGGAAAUGGGGGGGAUGCAGCGAGGAUGCCGACUUUGGUGUGCUGGUGUCCCGCGAAUUCGCAGAUGCCCGAGAGAACCGGCCGGACGCCCGCUCGGCCAUGAACAGACACAACAAUGAGGCUGGCAGGACGACCAUCCUGGACCACAUGCACCUGAAGUGUAAGUGCCACGGUCUCUCGGGAAGCUGCGAGGUCAAGACCUGCUGGUGGGCCCAGCCCGAUUUUCGGGCCAUUGGUGACUACCUGAAGGAUAAAUACGACAGCGCCUCUGAGAUGGUGGUUGAAAAGCACCGAGAAUCUCGGGGAUGGGUAGAAACUCUUAGGGCCAAGUAUGCUCUUUUCAAGCCGCCAACGGAGCGGGAUCUGGUCUACUAUGAGAACUCCCCCAAUUUUUGUGAGCCAAACCCAGAGACGGGCUCCUUUGGGACCAGGGACAGAACAUGCAAUGUCACCUCCCACGGGAUUGACGGUUGCGAUCUGCUGUGCUGCGGUCGUGGCCACAACACCAGGACUGAGAAGCGGAAGGAGAAGUGUCACUGCAUCUUCCACUGGUGCUGCUAUGUGAGCUGCCAGGAGUGCAUACGUGUCUACGACGUCCACACUUGCAAGUAAACGCAGGUAGGUCUCCAGCUGAUGGGAGGUUGCUCCAGAGUAGGGCCAAGGGGUCCAUCAACCCUGUGACCAGCCCCCACGUGGUGGCCUCACGCUUCAGAGGAUGGCACAAAAAAAUCUGGAUGCCCGUGGCCAGGGAAGACACCCUCACACAGCCAGCACCAGCGCCGCAGAGGCUUCCGGCAUCCCACCCACACACGGCAGCCCGAGGCUGGACCUGGCACGGCAGACACGGCACGUCACUGACCUGCUGACUUCUCUCAGGCUGUUUGGCAUGGCAGGCGGCCUGGGGAGGAGCAGGGAUAGCAGGAGCCCAAGCGAGGCAUGGCACACCGGUCACUGCGCUGCCAGCACAGCACGCACAGAGCUUCGGCUCUGUCCUCCUCCAGAGGUCUGGCCCAUGUAGAUGCUAAUACAGGGGGUUGAGGUGGAAAUCAAUUUUACACAGUGAAAAGUGAGCAAAUACAGGCUCCUCUGCCUGCUGGCAUGGCCAUCCUGGUCCCAGCAGCUGUGGUGAGCAGGAGCCAGCUCCCCACACCAGCCACGUUCCUUCCCUGCUGCUCCAAGGAGAUGAAGUUGGAGAAACAAACCUGUUUGAGCACGCCAACGGAGCCUUAC